AUGGCCUCCAACCAAGUUUCUUCGCAGCAGCAAGGUCAGCAGCAGCCACAAGAGCAACAGCAACAGCAACAGCCGCAACAGCAACAACAACAACAACAACAGCAGCAGCAGCAGCAACAACUACAAAAUGCCUCAAGGCAACAGCAAGCGCGCCAUUUCACACAAGCAGACAUGAACCGGCUGGUACUGGAAUAUCUAAACAAAAAAGGCUAUCACCAGACAGAGGCCACACUUCGAAUUGAGAGUACUAAGAUUCCGGGGCAACCAACCAUUCCAUUGACCCCAGGAAACUCGAAUUUCGAAAAGCCUAAAACUAUUGUCUCCGACAGAUCAAACCUUCAAUUCCAGCAACAGCAGUUUAUCCAACAGCAGAAGAUCUCUAGACAAAGGCAGUAUGACGAGAACCCAAGUAUGUAUGGAAGAGCUUAUUCGAUGUUUCGUACAUGGUGCGAGAACUCCUUGGAGAUGUACCAGUAUGAACUCGACAAGUUUUUGUAUCCGCUGUUUGUUUAUUUGUACCUAGCGUUGAUUCAGAGAAGCGAAUCUGCAGAAUCUAGAAGCUUCUACGAGAGGUUCAAGAAUGACCAUCUCUUACAGCAUGGUUACGAAGUGAGAGGGUUGGGAGGCAUCUCCCUACCUUCACAUAUAGAGCAGAAUCAGGUGGCAUCAAUAUUCAAGCAUAACAAAUAUCGGAUAUAUGUUUCGACGACAUCUAUGAAUUUGGUGUUAGGAUUCUUGAACGAAAAUCAAGGUAUUGGUGGUGGUAUUCUUGUUAGAACCAUCAAUAACAAUAUGGAAGUUGUAACUCAGAUAGAGGUAACUACUGCUGCUCAGGACGAGACAGAAGCUUUGGAGAAGGCGGAGGGUAUACCUGCUGUUUAUCAAUUGAUUAACAGCGGAGAAGAGACUUUAGCUGAGGAAAAGCAAAAGGAAAAGGAUCGCGCAAAUCCAGCAGAACUUCUCAAUGGUAAAUCCUUGAAGUUGGGUCAGAUUCCCAACGACUCUGACUUUACUAAAGAAGUGGAAGCAGAAUUGAAACAAAGGGACGAUGUAGAAAAGGACAAAAAUGGGGAUAAACCACCAGAAAAGACAUUAAUGCAAGAGUACAGUGAAAACUUCAACAUUGAAUCGACGGCAGACGAGUCUCCCAGUAAAGACGUCCUUCCCCUUCCCCAGAAAAAUGUAUAUGAUUUAAAACGAGAAAUCAUCAAGGUUCAGGAUUCUCGUGCCAAGAUCAGAUUGAAUGCCGUGCAGGCACAUUUACCUAGUGUCUGCAUGUACACUUUCCAUAACACCAACAACGACAUGACGUGUGCUGAAUUCAAUGAUGAUUCUACAAUGAUCGCUAGCGGCUUUCAGUAUUCGUUCAUCAAGUUGUGGUCUAUCGACGGAUCUCCGUUGAGAUCUGUUUUAAAACAUGACGAAUUCAAUGAGACUGCUGAUGAUGGACUUGCUAUCAACAAUAGUCGCAGACUUAUAGGCCAUAGUGGUGCCGUUUAUGGGCUUGAUUUUUCUCCGGACAAUCAUUAUUUACUUUCAGCCUCUGAGGAUAAGACGGUACGGCUAUGGUCAAUGGAUACAUAUUCUGCAUUGGUUUCAUACAAGGGCCAUAAUGCGCCAGUGUGGGAUGUCAAGUUCUCUCCAUUAGGUCACUAUUUUGUUACCGGUUCCCAUGAUCAGACGGCUAGACUUUGGUCUUGCGAUCAUAUAUAUCCUCUCCGGAUAUUUGCGGGCCACUUGAAUGAUGUGGAUGUGGUGGAGUUUCACCCUAAUUCCACCUAUCUAUUUACAGGUUCGAGCGAUAGAACGGUGAGAAUGUGGGACAUAGCUAGGGGAGAGUCUGUGCGUGUUUUUAUAGGCCAUACUAUGCCAAUCAAUGCUCUUGCUUGUUCACCGGAUGGACGUUGGCUCGCCACCGCAGGAGAAGAUAGUGUAAUUAAUUUGUUUGAUAUUGCCUCUGGCAGGAAGUUAAAGUCAAUGCGUGGCCAUGGUGGUGGCUCCAUUUAUUCAUUAAGUUUCAGCAGAGAUGGUUCUGUGCUUGUCAGUGGAGGCUCUGAUAAUAGUAUCAGAGUGUGGGAUGUGAAACGUGGUACUCUUGACAGCAAUAAUCCAAGGCCCGAGAAGUUUACUUACGAAUCUGUCAUUAACGCUAAAGAUUCUGAUGAAACUACAAGAGUGGACAACAUUGCUGGAGACGAUAAGAGACCUAACGACGCUGCAGACGAAAUCAAGAGAAGAAAGGAAUUUGCUGCUACUCAGGAUCAUAUGGCGGUGUUUUUCACGAAGAAAACACCGGUUUACAAGGUGCACUUUACUAGAAGGAACUUGUGCCUGGCAGCAGGUGUUUAUAUGGGAUAA